CUCGGUGGGCGGGGCUAGCGUUCAGAAGCUCCGUAGGCCUCCGGCUUCAACAGAGUAGGAACCUUAGCUCCGGCGGGCAGAGGGAUGCUAGUGUGCAGAGCUGCAGUCGGUCGAAGAAGGAAGGGGUUCGAUUAGCGCGGAGAGGGCUGAGGUAGAAAACAGGAAUAGGCGGUUGGAAAUGUGACAGCUAGGGCGGGAGAAGAGCGAGUGGGCGUGGCCUUGAGGGGGUAGAGCUAAGAAAUCUUGAUAGUGGUGGGUCAGAGGCGGUAGGGGCGUGUCUAGGAUGUAGCUGAGCUGGGGGGGGGGUGCUGUCUGACAAGGCGUGGUCCUGGAAGGGGCGUGGCUUGCUUGAGGCGGUCCUGGGGUGGGGGCGGGGUCGGUGCAGGCUGAGUGGGCAGCGCGAUGCGGGGCUCGAGCUGCGUGGGCAGUGGUGGCGAGAGCCCGGGUGGUACGGGGCUGAGCGAGGGUCCCCGUGGCCGAUGGCUGCGGCUCGCCCCUGUCUGCGCCUACUUCCUGUGUGUGUCCUUGGCCGCUGUGCUGCUUGCUGUGUACUACGGGCUCAUCUGGGUUCCCACGCGGCCGCCUGCGGGCCCCGCCGACCCCCUGCCCAGCGCUGCGGCCGCUCCGUGUGCUCGAGCAGCACCGCCCGCCCCGCCUCCGGCCGCACCCGCAUCCUGUUUGCUUGGGGCCUCCGGCGGGCCACGACCGCAGCCAGGACUGCCACGGAGUCGCCGCCACAGUCGCCGCCCAGCUCCGGGAGCGACGCGGGAGACCGCGCGCCGAGCGCCUGGAUAGUCUGGCCCGCCCCCACCGUGGCCUGCGUCUGUCUAUCUGCACCACCGGGCCUCGCCUGCGCGGCGCCGCCUCUCUCCUUGCCGCGGUCCUGAUCCUGCCCGACCUUAUUCCACCUUGCUCCUUCCCGGGACUCAGCGCUCAUCGGCAAUAAACUCCAGCCUCAGCUGGCUUACCUGGUCUGUGGUCGUUGGCCUCGGCCGCUGGUCCCUUCUAGCUCCGUGGCCGCGCGGCCUUAAAGGCUUUCCUCUCUCAUUGCUCACAUGUAAUUUUUGGGUUGGAAUGGGGAGAAGCGGCUUGCCAGUUUUCGGGGCCAUUGAAGGUCAGAUACUGUAAAGGCCUUACCAGUUUUCGGGGUGUCAUCUCGUAUAGCUUCGGAGACAGUGGUGCGUGCUGGAAACUGCAGUUGGUAUAGUUUGCAAUGGCAGGGGUAGAGGAUGUCACCCGUAAGCUAGCUUGUCCUGGUUUGGGUGGUGACAUUUGCUGCUUUGGAAGUGUGGAGCAUAUAGCUGAACCAAACCAAAACUGGUCUGCAUUGCUGUUGGUGCCAUGUUGAGACUGGUGUAGCUUCUGAUAAAGAAGUCAUGCGAUUGAGUCCAUUUUCCCUUACCCAUGACUGUGGCUUGGCCGUAGGCAGGCCUGGGAUAUACUCUGCUGGCCAGCUGCAAGAAGGGGUUUCCUUUAUGGCCUGCCUUCCCCCUAGGCUGGACAGCAUCAGGAACCUGAGGCCUCUUGUCAGAUGGGAGUGUUACCUGUCCUGCUGGUUCCCUUCUGUCCUACCAGCAUCCCCCACGGGAUGAUGUACAGCAAUGUACUUAAAUCUCUCUGGUCUUGUAAAAGGAAGACAACACAUUGUUGCUCAGAAUUAAACUAGUGAUCGAAACCUGA